AUGCAUAAUUUUUGUCGUUUCGCCCGCUUGACUUUGAAAAUGCCUCCAUUGGCCCCGUCAAAACAACCAGAUCCACUCAAUAGGCCGCCAAGGAUUGCUCGAGAAGUUUCUCCCAAAAUCUUGUCUAGAGGGUGGAGCACUGGGACCAAAGGCCGGCGGUUGGUUUACGCUCGGAUUACUCCUUUUAUGAUGAUGGUGUUUGGUUCAGUUUGUACAAUUAUAUUAAUAUUGGGGUCAACAAUGUAUGAAACAUCACAAUAUCACAAGAGGAUUUUCACACCAAAAAAUUGUUCUCAACAAAUUGAUUCAUCAUUUGGAAAUGUUUUAUUAUAUGGUGCUGGAUCUGAUAUUAUAAAAAAUGAGCUUGGUGCUUAUGGAGAAAAAAUAUUAGGUUCAAGUUCUUCCUAUGUUCAAAGCAAUAUUGGCAGAUACAUUUCCAAUCCAGAAUACUAUUUUCAAGUGAAUGAAGAUUAUGUGAAGAAUAAAUUGAAGGUGAUUUUGUUUCCAUUUCUUCACAAGGGACAUUGGAUGAGAGCUGCAGAUAUUUCUGGAGGAGAAUUUUCAUUUAAACCUCCAAUUCAUGAUAUAAAUGCACCUGAUUUAUAUAUCCCUAUGAUGGCUUUUGGUACUUAUUUGGUUCUUGCUGGCUACUUCUUGGGCAUUACCACCAAGUUUAGUCCAGAAGCACUAGGUGUGCAAUUCACAACAGGUUUGCUAUGCUGGCUUCUGCAAGUCCUCUUACUUGAAGCAACAUUACACUCAUUAGGAAGUGGAGAAGUGCCACUUCUUGAUAUUGUUGCUUAUGGUGGCUACAUUUUUGUGAAUGCAUCAAUCAUUUUGAUAUGUAGGAUCAUUUGGGAUUAUGUAUUUUGUUUAGUUACAUUUUUUGAAUGUUUUUGUAUGGGGGUUUUCUUGAUAAAGACCAUGAAGAGGAUCCUAAUUGGUGAAGUUAGAAGCUUUGAGAAGCAUUCAACAAAGAGGAAUUACCUUUUGAUCUUGAUGGCUUUGUCACAAAUUCCUUUGCUUUUUUGGUUGGGAAAUGUUGGUGUUGGAGCUAAGUGA